CUAGAAAGAUACACGUUGUACAUCACGCUGUACAAUAUUGCUGAUUUAAAUAAUGCAGGAAUUAAAAAAUAUGAGCGAGGAGGAACUUUAUAAAUUAUUAAAUGGCCUAAGAAUAUUGAAACAAAAGGGCGAAUUGGAUACCGAUGACAAACUCGCGCAGCAAACUCUCAAAUGGCGAAAUACCUUGGAAUACUAUGUCUUGGAAACAUGUAUCAGACAUUACAGCGAAAAGUGUAGAUUGGAAACAUUGGCACUCUUAGUGGAAUCAAAGAAAAGUACAUUACGUUUUACACGUAUGGAGCUUGAUACAAUUUUGUUAUUUUUGAAGUAUAAUCUGUGUGAAAAAAUGGAAUAUGUACCCUUUGUCAAGAAGGCUUUAAAGCGAUUAAAAGAUAGUUUGACUGUUCUGCAGAGACAACUGACUCAAGAAGAAAACAUGAGAAAUCGUUAUAAAGAACAAAAUAAUCUUAUUGAAACAUAUGAAAAUGCUUUAGCUUUAUCUUAUAAAACUUCUGAGGAAAUUAAACAAAAUAUAAUGGAUUACACUAUAUUUUUUAUAAACUUGCGUGAAAUUUGUGUCGACAAUUUGUAUCCAGAUGCAACGUACAGUCGUAGACGGUCCAGUUUGCAAAUCCUUUUACUCAUGCAACAUCUUUGUAAUGAAUUUAAAGAUAUAAAAUGGACUGGAGAACAAGCCGAAGUAAUAUUCCAGUGUUUAUUGCUGGACACAUAUGAACCAAAUAAGGAAAUGGCAUAUCAAAUAUUAAAGCUUAUAAAUCCAAUGUUAUUAUGUUUAGAUUUGGAAUCUCAGGUUCAGCUAAUAAUUAAAGUUGCUCUUGAAUUAGGUAGCAGCAUACGACCUAUAGACAGUGUUACAGCUGCAUAUAUGUUGAAAGUAUCUAAAUUAUCUCCUGUUAUAAGAAAUAUACUUUGCGAUUAUUGCAGUGCAGAAGACAAUAUGAUAGAGGCAAUAACAUUACAAUUAGUGUUGCUAUUGUAUAGAAAAUUGCAUGAAGCAUUAAUUUUAGCAAAACAAAACAUAGGAAUGGCAAUUGUUAAAUGUUCCUUAUAUGGAUAUUUAUUCUGCAUAAGAAGUUUGCUUGCUGAUUGUGAUUUAAGAAGUGCAGGAACAGACAAUUUAUGGCGAAAUACUAUAGCCAAUAUCAUAUUAUUGAGUUUUGAAUUAAAUCAUACUGUUUCUGUGAUAGUAAAUAAUUCCUCACCAGAAGGGCAUUUACCUAUGGACUUGAAAUCAUUAAAUUUUAAUGACGAUACAUUAUUUCCUGAGAAAGAAACUAUAACACCGCAAAUGGUAUUACUGUGUUCUUGGCGUACCGUUAAAGAAGUCAGCCAAUUGUUUGGGCUAUUGGCUAACAAGGCAUCAAUACAAACUGAUGAAUCUAUAAACGGAUUAUUAACAGAGGAACAAAUCAAGCAUAUAAUGAAACAUCUAGUUUUGUUAUUGUGUGAAACGAAACAUAGAGGUGCAUUUGAGCAGGCAUAUGUUGGUUUCUAUCAAGUAUGCGCACGAUUGUGGCGAUUAACAAACACGACUUUAAAUGCAAAACCUAUACAUUGGUUGUAUGAUAUCUUAAUAGGUAUCACAGGAUUAAUGCCAGGAUAUUCGAAAUUAUGUGCAACAAGAAGAAGCGCAGGAGUACCGUUUAUGAUACAGGCAGUGCUAUCCUCAGAACCAAAAAUCCAUGAUAAUUCAAAUGUGUCUGCGUUUCAUUCAGUUAUGAAUAUUUUAAUACAAUUUUCGUUGCUCGAAAACACAAUUAGUUGGCAAGAAAUAAAGUGUAUAAUGUAUAAAAAUACAAUAUUUUCCAAAUACGAGCAUUCAACGAACUCAAUAAUAGAAAAUAGUAACAAUUAUAAGGAAAUUAAUUUUGAUAUAACCGAGAUAAAAACUCAUUCUAUGAACAUUCUUAGAGCCUUAUUUAGACAUUCUCAACUCGGAGAUAUGGUCAAGAAUUAUAUUGCUGAUGGUUUAAUAGUGGCAUUUAAAAAUUAUGAUAGUAAAACAUGGGCGGAACGUAAUGCGGCUACAUUAUUGUUUAGUGCGCUUAUAAUUCGAAUUUUUGGCGUUCAAAGAACCAAGGAUCAUAUUAAUUUGACGACAGAUAACAAAAUGACAGGCAGAAUAUUUUUCGAAAGAUAUCCUCAUCUCCUGCCUUUUAUUCUGAAUGAAUUGCAAACUUUUAUAUCAAUUAAUGAUACCAUGAUAAAAUCGAAUGUGCAAGCAAUUUUAUUAUUAUUGUCACGAUUAUAUAUUAAUUAUCAUUUUGAUGGAACAGAUAUUGCUUGGAAGAUAAACGAGUUUGUUAAUUUGGUAUCGCAAUGCGCUAAAAGCCCUGUGUAUAAAACACGUGAACUGGCAGCUAGAGCAUUAGUGCCGUUUUUAACAGAGAAUACAGCCUACAGUUUUGUGAAAAAGUUACUAUUAGUUUUAUGUACAGCGCGAGAUACUCGCACCUCAGCAAAUCUAAUACAUGGAUAUUUAUUACAGAUACUAGAGAUCUUAACAAAAUUGCCAUCUAUUCAGCUGUCAAAAUCUGACGUUACAGAUUUUUUAAACACAACAGAUUGGAUUUUGGAAAGAUUAGAAAAAGGAACCAAUGGAUUUGGUUGUUUUGCUAUAGCUACUGUAUACAUUGAUAUUCUUCAUAAAUUAUACAAUUUAGAUAAAAAUAUGAUCGAAAGCUGUAAGAUGGAGAAUAUAUUACACAGACUGCGACAACACUUAAUCGAAAAAGAUCUAUUAAGAAGAAGACCAGGAGAACAAAUGUAUAAAAUAUCUGCAAUUAAAUUUAUACUAUGCGUCGGAAAACAUUCGAAUUUCUUACAAACAAUGUACAAUGGACAAACCGAAGCAUUCAAUAUAUAUUCGCAGCUUUUGAUCGUGCCAGAGGCAGAGAUACAAAGUAUCGCUUGGAGCACUAUUUUCGAAGUACUUAAAAAAGAAUCUUGUCGGCAAAAAAAAAUAUUGAGUAGUUAUGCUAUUGAUGCGGUUGCUGAUUUUACUAAAGAUUUACACAAAUAUAAUCCCAAGCUGCAAGAUACAAUUUUCGAUUUCUUAUAUAACUGUCUAGUGGAUGCAAAUGAAUAUUGUAUUGCCGAUAAGCGUAAAAUUUGUAACUUGGUUACGAGAAAAAUGCACUCGCAUGAUGUGAGCAAUAUAUAUUCUCAACGUAUUUGUUAUUUAAGAUUGCUAGGCAAAUGUAUGGUGAUAUUAACUCACGAAUUGAAGAAUGAAGAGUUUAGAAUGGAGGAUGUAGAAGAUAUCUAUAGAAAAGUCUGUGACAGCAGUUGGAUUGGUUCAUUAUGUAAAGAUUUCAGAUCGUCGGUUUUUGACAUAUUAUAUGAUCUUUUUAAUAAGGACAAUAUUGAUUCUAAACAUUGCCAUUCCAUACUGGAUUGGUGGACAAUGUUGUUACAAUUGUUGGUCGACGAUAAUGCGAGUAUUCGACACGAAGCAUCCAAGUUAAUUUGCAAAAUUGAACCGUGCAACGAAUUGGAGUGCAUCGAGAGUAUUCUGUCGAUAUUUUUCCAGAAGUUUAACGAAACAGUCGCUAAUAAAUGUCCCGAAAUAGCGAUAAGCGCUCUCUUUUGUUGGAGCAUUUCGUUAUUAGGGGAUGCAGAUUAUGAAAUGGACGAAACGGAUGUAUUCAACAAAUGUAGGAACUAUGAUGUUUUUGAACCUGUGAAGAUAUCAGAAUUAUGCUUUGGUUUUACAAAAUCGAUAAUGCAACGAUAUCCUAUUAAUAGAACGUUAUCACCGGAUGUUGUGAGAUGGAUAAAUUAUCGCCUAAAUACUGAUUUCUCUGCAUCAUCAUCCUUUAAGGAUAUUGCACACAAUUAUAGAAACAAUGUCCCGAUACUCGAGAGGAAACUAGAUGAAAUUCUAGAUCCGACAUACAAAGACAAAUUAUUGCAAAUUUUGGCAUGUGAAAAAUAUAUGUCAGUGUAAUGUAAAAAAUUCUUACACAUCUUUGUCACAUAAUCCUGU